CUAACCCUGCGGCUAGUUUCCAGAAACCUUAUCCCCGAGUCUUUGGGGCGGGGAGAAUGGGGGGAAUGGAGGAUGACCGGUUUUCCCAGCUACACGAUCCUAACGUUUGCCUUUGACACCCACUUGCGCGUCAUGGACAAAGGCUUGAAUCGGUCGUUCUUUGAGCGGCACAAGCCUUCGCUGCUUGUGUUGAUUUCUCAGCUGUCGGCGGCGGCUCUCAAUGGCUUUGCCAAGUUCUUCGAGACGGGUGACAACCCUGUUCACCCCUUCCAAGUCCUGUUUGUCCGGUUCCUCAUCACCGGCGUGGCCAGCACGUUUUACCUUUGGUACACCAAAGUCCCCAACUUCCCAUGGGGUUUGCCCGAGUUGAGGCCUUUGCUGGCCCUCCGGGCGGCAGCUGGCGUCUUUGGGGCCUUUGGCUUCUAUUUCUCCAUCAUGUAUCUCAAACUCAGCGAGGCUACGGCCUUGAACUUCCUUGGGCCCCUCACUGCCAUGAUCAUAACCCGGUAUCUUGAUUUUGGGACAUUCGAAGUAAUUGACCGCAUCGGAGCUCUUGUGGCACUCCUUGGCGUAAUCCUUGUCGUACAGCCGGAUACGCUCUUCGGGUCCCAGUCCACGCUCAUGAGCGCCAGGCAGUCCACAGCAGACGACAGCGCCAAGGGUCGCAUGAUGGGCUUCGGUUUCGGGGUGAUGAGUGUUAUCGGUGGCGCAAUUGCUCUCACUGCGAUUCGAUCCAUCGGGCCGAGAGAGCACCCCAUAUACAGUGUCAUGUAUUUCGCUUGGACAAUCGUACUAGUGACGACUGUCGCAUUCUUUCUGAUGGAGAGCAUCCACUUGACGACGAGUGUGCUUUCGUGGUUGAAACUCGUACCACUCGGGGGUUUUGGCUUCGCAAUGGAGUGUUUGCUCACCGCAGGCAUCGCCAACGAUGCCUCAUCGGCUGCUACCAUCAUGAUAUACUCCCAGGUGGCAUGGGCUUUGCUGCUAGACUGGCUCGUAUGGCAUUCCCCGGUCAACAUCCUUGCCUUGGUUGGAAUCGGGAGUGUCCUAACCAGUCUGGUGGUUGUUUCCUCAGCCAAGGAGUGGAGGUGGCUCAGAAAGGGUCGCUACAACGUUUUAUCGCAGACUUCACCAGAAGAAGCUGAACAAGGAGAUGAAGAUGUGGACGAGGAGGUUGUUGAGAUGCAGCCAAACAGUUCAGUAGCAUGAGUUAUUGAGCCACAGCCUUUUGACAUGGUUCGCAACAAUUUCCAGUAUCACAGACAGCGACAACAGAUUUGCAUGUGUGAAUUACAGAAACGUCACAGUUAAUUUUCCCAUAAACGAGGAGGAAUCUCAAGUAUUGCGUCUUCAUGUCAAGACUGGGUUGAGUUGAGAAGACACAUAACAGCGGUUGGAGUACAACGAACAACUACGAACAUGUCGAAAUAGCCAGCAUCAAUAUUUAUUCACAAUGCGAGUUA